UGGAAAUCACUCUUUUAUAUUUUCAUUUCAAGUCAAUCUGCGGAGAAAGUGGUGCAUGUAAUAAAUUGAAGUUGUGCUGAUUUUUCUUUUCAACUUGCUGCACACACACACUCAGGCUGCGGAAUUCCACAAUGAUGGUUCUCGGCAGCUACAAACCUACAACUCACAGUAAGAUGCCAAUUUGAUAGUUGUGCAACUGUUGAAAAGGCAGCAGUAGCAACAGACAGCCUCAAUAUUAGUCCUUCAAGCGCCACCAUGAACCAGCAGGUCAUCGAGAAGUUGGCGAUCGAGCCGAAACGAAGCAAAAGCCUUGCAGGCGCCGUUUCAACCACCUACACAGUUUCGGUGAUUGCUGCUACAUUUGCCGAAUUCGUCACAUAUCCUCUGGACUUGACAAAAACACGUCUGCAAAUUCAAGGCGAGCGGGGUGGAACUCAUGGCAAGUACAGAGGCAUGUGGGCCACUGCCGGUGGGAUUAUUAGGGAAGAGGGCUUCUUCAAAUUGUGGUGCGGCAUGACUCCAGCCAUCUACCGACACAUGGUAUACUCAGGAGUUCGGAUUGUCACGUUCGAAUUCCUCAGAGACAGUGUAAUGAGUAAAGACCCAGAUGGCUCCUUCCCUAUCUGGAAAUCAGCUAUGUCCGGCGUGAUUGCUGGCGCCCUCGCCCAGCUACUUGCCAACCCUGCCGACCUGGUCAAGGUGCACAUCCAGAUGGAGGGCAAGCGCAGGCUAAUGGGAGAACCACCAAGAGUGUUUGGCACGUGGCACGCAUUCACAGAGAUUGUUAAGAAGGGAGGUGUGCGUGGACUGUGGAAGGGCUCGGUUCCUAAUGUACAGCGAGCUGCUCUAGUCAACCUUGGGGACCUCACCACCUACGAUACUGCCAAGAGAUUUAUUUUGACGCACACUAACCUACCAGAUACCUAUGUUACCCAUACCCUCUCAAGUGGUUGUGCUGGGCUUGUAGCAGCAACAAUGGGCACCCCUGCUGACGUGAUCAAAACUCGAAUCAUGAAUCAGCCGACUGACGCCAAAGGAAAUGGUUUGCUGUACAAAGGUUCAAUCGACUGUCUGAUGAAAACUGUGCAGAAUGAAGGCAUGUUCGCCCUGUACAAGGGCUUCUUCCCGGUGUGGAUCAGAAUGGCACCGUGGUCGCUUACAUUUUGGCUAUCGUUCGAGAAAAUCCGUAGCACGCUCGUUGCCUCAGGGUUUUAAUGUUCCCCCUCUGCAGCUAGCUUGACAAUUUCAUUGGAUUGUUUGCCAACAAACAGUUGAUCAUGCCAAAAUGCUCAUUUCUCUUGUAUGACAUGUGUGCCGUUUAACUUCCUGCGACAACGGUUUGUGUCUUAGCUGCUGAAAUGAAAAUAUACUUCUCUUGAUGGCAGGACCAGUAAUAUCUUUAGACAAGCUGUAAUGUUGUAGCAUUUUAGAUAUAUUAGAACUGAUAAAUCUUAAUGAACACUUUAUUUUCUCUAUAAUAUAUUUGUUGAAAUGUGACUGACAGGCCCUAUGGACUCGCCACAUCAAAGAGCAUCACAGCGACAGAUGUUCCAAACGUGCAAAUAUUUUUAUAUUCGAAACGCUGUGGUGGAGUUACCUUUAGUUAAUUGUUACCCGUAGUUCCCCCAAAUAAUGCGAUUUGAGAUCAUGUGCCAUUAGCUGUUACUCUGGUAGAGCCGCUCAGUCAAAUUAAAUUGCCAUCAUAUAUAUAUGCCGAUGCAAUUAUAGAGCAGGCAAUUGUGUAGAUUCCCUUGAUUUGAGCUGUAUCAAGCACUAGUCGUGUCUGAUUUUUGAACUCUACUACUUCCAUCUGAAAAAUAGUGCUCUAAUUUACAGAUUUUUUAAAUAUGCUGGAGUUCUGUGUUCUUUAAAUAAUGACAAUAAAAUCGUGUACAUGCAAAGAAA